UGAGGGAGAGGAGGAGAGUGAAGGGGGUUGUAAGGCCGUUUGGGUAAGAAGGGAGAGACCCAGAGCAUCUCUUGGGGAUGGGAUGAGGCAGGCGGAGGAACACCCUUUUUUUUCACCCCCGUUCUUGACAGAUCCCCUUCCUCUGGCAUGGAAUGGGUCACUAGACAAUUAAAAUGGGAUUCCUGCCUUGAUGACGUCCGCACCGUGAAGGCCCCUCCCGCAGCAGCAUAAAAGGCUGUGAGGUUCCGCAGUCUGCUCGGCAGUUAGGGGGUAGACUGACAGCUCCACGGCUCUGAACUCCCAGACACCGCAGCACGCAGACUACUGCGGGAGACUCCGGGAGUAGGGAGGACUUGUUCGGUCCCGGGAACACUGGGACCCUUCCAACCAUGCCGGGCGGUAUCCCGUGGUGCUUCGUGGUCCUCUUCGCUGUGUGCCUGGAAUGCCUGGCCCAGAAUUUCGGGCAGACCCGUUUUAUCUGCACUUCGGUGCCGGUAGAUAUGGACAUGUGUACCUCGGUUCAGAGCAGCGGCAGCGCUGAGGACCUCAAGACCAAUGUGUUACAGCUUCGUGAGACGGUGCUGCAACAGAAGGAAACCAUUAUGAACCAGAAGGAGACUAUUAGGGAACUGACCACCAAACUGGGCAGGUGUGAAAGCCAGAGUUUGCUGGAGAGCGGACCCAAUGAAGCCAAGCCUGGAGCGGGCAGAAAACAGACAGGCUCCGGGAAAAAUACCAUGGGGGAUCUGUCCAGAACCCCUGCUGCGGAGACUCUCAGUCAACUCGGGCAAACUUUGCAGUCUCUUAAAACCAGGCUAGAGAACCUUGAGCAGUACAGUAGACUCAAUUCUUCAAGCCAGACCAACAGCCUUAAGGACAUGUUGCAGAACAAGAUCGAUGACCUAGAGAAGCAAGUUUUGUCUCGGGUGAAUAGUCUGGAGGAAGGGAAGUUGAAUCCCAAGAAUGAGACUGAGGAGAGGGUCAAGAUAGAGAGCACUCUAACAUCCCUCCAUCAAAGAAUCAGUGAUCUGGAGAAAGGUCAGAAAGACAACAGGCCUGGGGACAAGUUCCAGCUCACAUUCCCACUUCGAACCAAUUAUAUGUAUGCCAAGGUGAAAAAAAGUCUUCCAGAAAUGUAUGCCUUCACUAUCUGCAUGUGGCUAAAAUCAAACGCCUCCCCUGGAGUAGGGACUCCAUUUUCCUAUGCUGUACCAGGCCAGGCUAAUGAACUAGUCCUGAUUGAAUGGGGGAAUAAUCCAAUGGAGAUCCUCAUAAAUGACAAGGUGGCCAAGCUACCCUUUGUUAUCAAUGAUGGUAAAUGGCAUCACAUCUGUAUCACAUGGACUACUCGGGAUGGUGUAUGGGAGGCUUACCAGGAUGGUACUCAAGGAGGCAAUGGAGAGAACCUGGCACCCUAUCAUCCAAUCAAGCCACAGGGUGUGCUUGUGUUGGGCCAAGAGCAGGAUACUUUGGGUGGUGGGUUCGAUGCCACACAAGCUUUUGUUGGUGAACUGGCUCAUUUCAACAUCUGGGAUCGAAAACUCACCUCUGGAGAGAUCUAUAACCUGGCCACCUGCAGCACCAAAGCUCUCUCUGGGAACGUCAUUGCCUGGGCUGAGACCAACAUUGACAUCUAUGGCGGGGCCACCAAGUGGACAUUUGAAGCUUGUCGUCAGAUCAACUAAUUGCUUUGAAGCUGCCUCUCUCCCUUCUUCCUGCCUGCCCUUCCCUCCCAUUCCCACUCUCCUCCCUGCUUAAGCAGUUCUGACCCAGUUGUCUUUUCCUCUCCUCCUUCCUGAAAACUUAAUUAAGGACUUUUCCACCUCCUCCCCCAAAACACUCCUCCUUGUUUUGUUUGUUUCUCUCCUGAAGCAGUCACUUGUCUUGUCAGUCCCCAAAGAACAAUUCAUUUCUCUCUAGGAGCCUUGGACUCAGUUCCUCAGGCAUCCCCUCUCCACGGUAAAAGCAACGGCAUCAAACUUUUGAACCAUGCAAAAGUAGGUGAAAAGUUUUUUUGAUUUUUUUUUGGUCAGGGGAAAGGGGCUUUUCUUUUGGAAUGAGGCUUUCUGUUUUUCUUACCUUAUCUCUUUUUCUUUUUCUUUUUCUUUUUUUUUUUUUUGUGGCUUUGGGAAAUUUCACAACUGGUUGAAUUCCUAUAUUUGCCAACUUUGUUAGAUGCCUGAGUGCCUUUGGGCUGGUGCAACUUCUUGAGCACACACAUUUGUCUUCAUUUGCAACCCUUUUUAAGAAGGACAUAUCUCUAUAUUGAUAUAAUAAAUGUCUUUUAUGCAGUUUGUUAAAGGCCAGGACACCUCGCCGUAGAGAAUUUUCAUUUUGUAUUAAAAAUGAAUUCUCUUUAAAUGACUCCAUACUCACAUGGCACUUUGAUUGACUCUGCCUGCUCCCAUUGGGAGAGGGAGAGAUAACUGGUGGAGGAAGAAGAAGUAUAUUGGCCUCAGCAUUCUGACUAAAUCUGUUGGCAACUAUCAGUCCCUAACCUGUUCCUCAGCUAUUUGCAUCUGAGGAUACACCAAAACUAGGGAAGCCAUAAUGCUCACUUGUUUUUUUUGUGUGUGUGUCAGGCUCUUUCCCAGGACUAGAAAAGUAUUAUGCCCCUUUUGGGUAACACUAUGGGAGCCCUAUAGGAAAAGCCUUAUUCUUUUCAUUUCACUGCACUGUAUGAGGCUGUGGCUUGCUCCAUGCCAUUUAGCUGCCACGUGGGUCCCAGGUGCAGUGUUCCAAACCUGGUAACCUACAAGAGAGGAAUACUCCAUCUCAUGUCCCAGGGAGACCACAUCUCCACUUCCUCACCCUCCUUCAUACUUGGUUGGGUCUUAGGAUCAUAAUAUUUUGAAGUAAAAAAAAAGAAAAAAGACCUUAGAAAUGACCUAGUCCAACCAUUUCAUUUUAUAGAUGAGAAAACUGAGGCUCACAGAAGUGAAGUAAUUAAGCCCAAGGUCACUCAGCUAGUGAGCAGCAAAGCUAGAAUUCAAAUCCAGAUAGAUACUCAGACUCAAAUUAUGGUGUUCUUGCCACUACACCAUGCUAUUUGGAGAGUAAAAGGUCUGAGUAGAUUAGUUUAAUGGGAAUCUUCCCCUCUUCUCCAUUUUAUAAGAAAACUUAUAUGUGGCUAAGAUCCAGCCCUUUCUAAUGGGGCUCAAAACUCAACCAGGCAACCCAGGAAGGCUUUUUAUUUUUUCUCUUGCCUCCCGUUAUUUGUAGAUCUAACCUGCAGGAGUUAAACAAGCUUCACAAAGCAAGGAUGAUCUGGGUUAGGUUUCUAUUGAAGAGAUAGGGGUUCAAGUAUAUCCUCUAUGGGACAAGUUUCAGCAGCUUAGUCCCUUCAUUCCCCCUUUAGUUUUGUGGAACCCCAAGUCCAGCAAAGCUAAUCUUCCUUUGGUUGUGUGGCUCUUUGAGCUGCUAUCUGAAUAACCAGAAGGCCUUUCUCCCCACUUUUUGAUGUUAUCUAAAAAUUCUCCCCUUGACCUUCCAAGUAGGAGGGGAAACUGUGUGUGUGCGUGCGUGCAUGCAUGUAUAUGUGUAUGAAUGUUAGUGUGUGUAUGUGUAUGUGUGCAAGAGUUGGAAGAACCAUGCCCAUGUUUAGUGUGAGCUCUGCUUUUUCAGCAUCUGGAAGUUAUACACCCUGAGGGCACUUCCCAAUGCUGUCACCAGAGUCUAAUGAAAAAUGGGCUUGUACAUCUUUCUAGAAAUUCAAGUAUUACCACCUGGCUCUUCUGCAGCCCCGGACUUUUCUGCAGCAGAUACAGGUGUCUAAGUCUUAUGUUCCCUAACAAGAUCACCUGUCUCCUUAAACACAGGUUCAUUUCAUGUCUAAAAAUGAGUGUGUGAGGGUGUGUGUAUGUAUGCAUGCACACACCUUGUGUAUAUGUAUGUACUUAUGUAUGUCUGCUCAGCACAUAGCCAUUGGUUCUGAGAUACAUUUCUCUUAUUUAAAGGGCAUGGAUUGAAUGACAAAAUGUAUGUUGUUACAAAUGUUGAUUGGCAUUCUUCCAUGGUUAUGUUUCCUCAAAGCCUUGUGGCUUGUGACACCCUUGGAUUUAAAGAUGGCUUCUGUGUUUGCAUGUUUUUCUGGAUGUUGUGUUCCUUGCUGCCUUGGUCUGAUGUGUUCAUUCCUUUGUCUGCAUGGGUUCUUGCAGAGUUGUGUUGUUUGCUGAGCUCCCUCUCAAAUGUUCUGUGAUCUAUGUGUAGCAAUCAGAAAUGGCUGUAUAAUCCAGGCUAAGGGAUAGAUAAAAUCUUCUCCCCAACACACACUCACGCACACACAGAAACAUACACAAAACACAUACAUAUGCACACAAACACAGAAAUGAAGGUAAGACCAAGCUCAAAUGAUACCCAAAGCAGGGAGAGAGAGCUUGGGAUUGUCCCUCUAGUCCAAGAAGGCCCUGCUCCCUCACUUCUCUCUUUGUGGAGCUGUUGUAUAAUGUUGGUGAAGGACCCAAAGUGUACUCGGUGCUGUCCUGCCUGCACCUACCACCAGCCCCAGCCCCUACCUACUGGACCCCAGACCACCCUCUGCCCCUAACCAGGCAAGGUGGGAGCUGUCCAUUCAGGACCACAAGCCAUUCUCUGUCUCUAACUAGAUAGUCAGACAGAGCUUAUCCCUUAUGCUUAUGCCUUUCCAUCAUCUCAAUUCAUUCUCUUCACACUUUUACCUAUAUUCCUCCUCCCUUUCACCCCCAACUCCCACCCACCCCAAAGCUUUGGAGCUGUUCAAAAUGGUUCUAAAACAUCUUCUCACCCAUCUUCCUUUCCUUCAAGCUCUUCUAGAGAUACACAGGAUGGCCGGGACUGAGUCCUCAGCACCCUUCCUCAUCCCCUAAUUGGGGUCAGUGCCAAGCUCCUCAGCUCCCUCACUGUGUUUGUACUUGGCAUGCUGCUUGCCCUAGGUAAGGCAGAUGACAAAGCCACCAAUCUAAUCCACUCAGUUUCCAUAUACUCCUUAAUCCGAUUGAUGUUCCCUCUUGCACUGAAUAAUACAUGCCUCUCUCAGGUAAUGCCAUUUUAUAAAAUAAGGAGAUAAAAAAACACUGUUGAGACAGUGUUUGUUUUUGCCUAGCCAGUGUCCGACAGCUCCCAGAGGCAUCUGAAGUGGGAGAACUGUUGAAAUAGCCUUUCUGGUCUCUUGGGAGCUAAGAUCCCACUUGGAUUUUAAGCCUUCUUGCUUUUGAUAACACAGUAUUAUCUCUCUUAUUGUAGAAGAAAAAAGUUUAUUACCAAACAAAAGUAUUUUUAUGAGAAAAAAAGACAAACAUAUAAAUUAACAUAUAAUUUCUCCCUUAAAAAUAUUUUUGGCUCUACCAAAACUUAGACUGAUAUGUGUGUAUUUUGGAAGAAAGAUAGUAGAUUUUGUAUGUUUCCCUCCCUUUCGCAGACUCCCUAUUUAUUUUCUAGGACUGCAAAGGUUAUCAGCCCUGGGACCUGAGGCCAAGGGAUUAGGAUUAUUGGGGGGGGGGGGAGUCAGAGAGGAAAAUGGGUGGAAGGAUGUUUUAGAGUCAUUUUGAACAGCUCCAAAGAAUUUCUGCCUGUUUAUCAAGAGUAGGGGAGACCAAGACAAAGAAGAAUUUAAGGUGAACCCUUUGUCCCAGAGCUGUUUCCAUUUAAGUGGAAUGAGUUGGACAUUUGUCUAUUUCAUCCCCUUAAAAAAAUAAAUAAAUUGGGGCUAUUGUUUUAAACAACAGCAACAAAAGACAAAAAUUCACAAAUAUAAAAGAAAAAUAAAAUAAAAUAGAAGUUAAUUUUUUAUAACUUGCCAUGACCAAAAUAGUUAACUGGAAGCCCUAGUAGUCUGAUCUAUUGAAAUAUUUUACAAUUUACAUUUGAUCAAUAAAGGAUUGGAAAUAUAUUGCUUCGAUAAGCAGUAAGCUUUAAGUAUAAUUUGAUGAAGGGGGAACAAAUCAUUGAGGAGAAAACAAUUUCAACUCAAAUAGUCCCAAUUUUGUCUGACUUGCAAAAAAAAAAAUCCUCGAAAAACCAACAACAGCAGUCCCACAAAAUAGCUAACAACUCCCCAACCCUCCAAUGGUUGCUCUUGAUAUAAUGUAAAUACUGUAUAGUGUUAAAGAGAAUCUGUGUAUCUUACUUUUUUCAUUAUUUGCUAACCAAAGCUGUACAUUUUUUCAUAUAUGAUCUGCAGCCGUCUGGGUUUCAAAUAGGUCAGAGUCAUGGGACCUGCCACCUCCCAUCAGCAGUUCUGGAAAUGCACUGUUUCUACUGGUAUUCUUGCUUUUCUUUCUUUCUUUUUUUUCAUUUUCUUGCAGAAACUACAUGAAUUGUUGAGUUUAUUUUUACACAGUAAAGAGUGAUGAAAGAC